AUGGAUCCGGCCACCGUCUCCGCCGUCGUCAACCACCAGAGAGCGGAAUCGAAGCUCUCCGGCGGUAAGCUGGCGCCCUCUGCCGUCGGGAAUGGCAGCAACGAUACGAACCUGCUCAUCAACUUCGGGCUGCCGCGUCCGACCGCCGCUAGGAGCCGCCACACGUCGGCUGCUAACAGCAUCGACGAGACUCUACGCGACACGGCGAACGCCGACGGAGCCGCAGCUCUGCUCUCCAACAUGGCGACCGGCGCGCACAUGCGCAGUGCCGACGCUCACAGUCAGCACAGCUUCGAGCCGCAGAGUGGCGCUCGAGUAGCGGCGCCGACACAGCAGCGACGACCGAACAGCGUCGCAGCGCCACCUGCGCACUACCGCAGCGAGCAUCUCCCGCUGGAGCGCCACCGUCGCCAUCGUUACGACGACUGGGAACUAUACCAGAGCGGCGGCGGCGUCGUCGGCAACGACGUGCCGUACACAAUCGCACGCAUGUACGGCGACGACGCGCUCCGCUCGGCCGCGGCGCCCCCUAGCGGGAAGUUCACGGGAACGCUGUCGUACUUUGAAGCGUUUGAUGAUCAGGGCGAGAUCCAGGAGCCGAUGGUGUCGAAGUACCCUCACCUACAGAUACGGGAGGUGACGGCAGAGCGACAUUACAGCGACGGCUGGCUAGGAUGCGGGGCGAAGCGCACCGAGCGCAUACUCGACAGCGUCAGCUUCGAGCUGAGAGGCGGAGAGCUGCUGGCGAUCCUAGGAACGGCCGACUCGGGAGUUGCAUCACUAAUCAGCAUUCUAACCGGAAAUCCUUCGUCGAAAUCCAGUAACUUUGGAGAGAUCAUUGUAAACGGAAACAGGGUACGUCUGCGUGAACUGCGGAGCAUGGUGGCGUACAUGAGAAGCGAUGACGCCCUGAUUCCCUACCUCACCGUAGAACAGUUUCUCACGAUGUACGCGCGUCUGAAGUACGCCAGCAAUACGUCGAUGCAGGAGAGGAAACGAACGAUCGACUAUUUCUUGGAGAACGCGAGACUGCACCAGUUUCGCAAGCGUCUUAUCGCAUCGUUGGCUGUAGACCAGCGCAAGUUACUGCAGCUCGUCUGUCAGCUAAUGCUAGACACAGAUUUCAUCGUACUUGAGGAGCCGACGUCAGGAUUGGAACCUUCGUGGGCUCGCUUCGUCAUCGAAUAUAUGCAGGAUUUCGUCGCUAGAGGGCGCAUCGCAAUCAUGACGAUCAAUCAGCCGACGUUUGACAUGUUCAAGUUCUUUACGAAAGUGGCUCUCAUCUCGGACGGACAGCUGCUGUAUUUCGGCAGCAACCGCAACCUGAUGCCGUACUUCAGCUCGAUACGCUACCCGUGCCCGCCUCUCACCAACCCGUGCGACUACUAUGUGGAUCUGAUAACGAUCGACUACGAUUCCAUCCAGACGACAGAGGAAUCUACAGAGCGCGUGCGCAAGCUAGCUGAGCUGCACGCGCAGACGACCCUGCCGCUCGCCGACCCCGGCCCGCCGCACGUGCCACCCGCCAUGUAUAAACAAGCGAACGUCUUCCAGCAGUUCAGCGUUCUGAUCAGGUUGAUGAGCUACCGCGUCGCGUCCCUGGAUACGGCCUGGGUGCUACUGCUCGUCGCCAUCUUGUCUUUGUUCGUCGGACUGAUUUUCUCCAACAUCGACCUGCAACUACAGAACAACUCGUCGUUCCCCAACAUAUCGCAACUCUCCAUAGACGAUAGAUUCGGUUUCAUCUUCGUGAUGGUUGCCAUAGCAACGCUGCCCGAGCUUCUUAGAAUCAUCGCUUCUGGUGAGUUAACGACGUACGUCGAAAUCGGAAUUUAA